GUGGAAAGUGUGUUUACCACAGUUUCUUACUAUCAACAUAAUUUAUCCCGAUGCUGCGUUCAUAGUACCGGUAGUAUGGUCUUUAAGGUCCUUUGGCUACGUAAGGUUAAGCUCGCGCUGCGCUGUUGAAAGCGUUCUAGGACAUAUCCUUUGUUACAGUGAUAAGCAGCAUGUUGACCGGAAUAGGAGGCGCGGUCACUGGCGUGUAAGCCGGUCAUCGAGGCGCGCCCCUCGCGGCUGCGCCUUGUGUCAUGGCGGAUAAGGAAUCAUUAUCUAAUGGCUUUGGUUCGCCGCGUGGGUGCGCGCCAAACCUCAGCGUGCAAAGGGCCUCAGCGGGAGGCAGGAAGCCAAGGCAUGGCGACGAUUCACCACCAGCGGCAAGGGCCUCGACUCUAUUUCAGGCUUUGCUGGCUGAGAACCCUGAUGUGGACGAUGAGGAGUUGCUCCGCGGUCCAGAUUAUCAUGAACUGCAACGAAAAUACUUGCAGGACAAGAAGCAGCAGGAAGUCAUUGAGCGACUGGAACGAAGAGCAGACACAGGAGCUUCCACUGUUGCCCUCGGUGGGCGUCGUCGCAGCAGCAUAGAUGGCGUUGGCCAACCAGAGCACCUCCAAGGCGCUGGUGACCCAUUGCGCAGUCACCGAACUCCUGAAAUGCUCCAAAGCAACCUGGAGCCUAGGCUUGGUCCCCGCCGCAGAAGCAGCCAGGGAUGCUUCCACUCAGCUGACCAAUCACCGCGAACCUCCGCGAACCGCUUCCCAGGCGGCGCCUCAGCUGCACCCUCACGCCUCAGUCUCGAGGCCUCCUCCUCCUCGCGCCCUCCUUCAGCCCUGAGGCCCCCACCGGCGCCAGCACGCGGGGCCCACCGACCUGCCUCAGCCCUAGCGUCCAGCAAUAGCCGCCAGCGGCGGAGCAACGACCAUGCGGUCCUGGACGCCGCUAUUACAGCAGCACCAACACACCCUGCCGCUGGCACCACCACCACCAGCACCGCCACCACAGCAGCGGCAACAGCAACAACCACAGCAGCUAGCGUAGCCGCGUUAGCGACAGCCGCGCCUGCUCCUCUUCCGCCGCUUCCUCCUUCCGCUGAUAGUAGCUUGCCAGCUACCUUUGCAGCAACACACCCCGCCCAGUCGCAGCGGCAACAGCAGCAGCUCCCACCACCUCCCACGCCAUCAUCAGGAGCUGCAACACCCGACUCCCCCGCUGCCGUUGCUGGCAACCACCAACCCCAACCGCUGCAACCGCAACUGCCGCAACCGCUACCGCGAUUCUCACGUCCUGAGCUCCGGGCAGUUUACAAGAGCAGCACCACCAAACCCCACCUCCUCUCAUCUCUCACGGAAGAUGACCUGCUUGCAGCAACCAGCGUUCUAGCUGCCGUACAACCGGCGUCGUACUCGCCCCUGCCAGAUCCGGAGAGGUUUGGAUCCGCUGGGACAGCAGCUGUAGCGGCUGUUGGGGGCGGCGGCGGUGGUAGCAGCGGUGGCGGAGGUGUUAGUAGUGGAGGCGGCAGUGCCGACAGUGCGGAUAUGAUUGUCAGCUUGUCGCAAAUGAUGCCCUUUCCUGGAAGCGGGCCGGGGUCGGAACCGGCAGGCAUGAUGGGUGUCGGGACGGGAGUCCCUCCAUCGCUAACACCGUCUCCGCACAACAUCAUUAACAACAAUGCUGCUGGUGCCGGGAUGGAUGCGGGGGGGCCAGAGCGCUGGGGGCCCUGGGGCAAGACGGGCGGUGCCGCCGUUGCAGGAGACGCCAACAGCGGCGGCGGCGGUGGCAUCAGGAGUGACGUCACCCCAGGCGGCAGCAAGUGCAACAUCGCGGACGUGACCUCCGACAUUGUGGGGGCGAUGUACCGCCGGAAAGCCGCAGCAGCAGCUGCAACUGCGGCAGUAGCACCCGAGGAGGAGCAACUUGGUGCCGUACAUCACAACCAUCACCUCCCAACUCAACCGCCUCAUGUCCCUCAUCCUGCUCGACCCAGCUCCGCCGGCCCCACGGCGGGGUCCACCUGCCCCUUCCCCCCGCUGGGUGCCGUGUCGCCCCCUCCUCCUCCUCCUCCUCCGCAGCAGCAACCACAGCAGCAGCAAGCACAGCCGCAGCGGUCCCCCAUCUUCACCUCCUCGCCUCAGCUCAUGGCCUCACUGGCGCUGGUGGAAGUGAAGCCAUUGGCGGACCACAUACCGAGGGAGGGGGAGAUCAGGCAAUGUGCGGGUCGGCCGUCGGGAGCCGGCGUGCAUGCGGGGUGCGCGAAUGCGGCUGGCGGCGGCAGCGGCGCCGACUGUACGACAUGUACGAACGCCACAGCGGGUGGUCAUGGAAGCUCAGCUGCGGGGGGUGCGUUAGGGGCAGCUGGUAAUGGCGGGGGCGGAAACGGAAUCAGUAGCAACACCAACAAUGAGCGUACGACGACAAAUGACUCCCUGGGGACGUACGAAGAUCUCGGAGAUCUCUCACAGUUCGGUCCCGUACGACAAUUCGCGAUCCGGUUGUGUUCAAAUCCGGAUUUUGAAAUGGGCGUGACAGCCAUCAUCUUUGCCAACUGCGUUACGCUGUGUCUGUACGACCCGCGCAAGCCGGAGGGCGGGGGGCUCAACGGCAAGAUAUUCUGGGCGGAGCUGGCCUUCAACAUUUGCUUCUCCGUGGAGAUGCUGCUGCGGGUGGUGUCGGUUGGGUCCUUCCGGGCGCACAUCCGGCGACCCUGGAACCAGUUCGACUGCAUGAUGGUUGUUGCCGGCUACACCGCCUUCAUUCCCGGCAACUCCUCCGCCGUCAACGCCAUCCGAGCGCUGCGGGCGUUACGGCCGCUGAGAACCAUCACGCGGUUCGAGUCGCUGCGGGGCGUCAUCGUGUGCUUCCUGGAGGCCAUCCCGCUGCUUGCCUCUGUGGGCGGUCUGCUGCUGUUCUUCAUCUUCAUCUACGCGGUGGCGGCGGUGCAGCUCUUCCCCAAGACGUACCACUGGACGUGUGUGGAUGCCGGCGGGCUGCCGUACACCGCGGGCGAGGACCCCGACAUGCGGGGCUGCGGGGGCAGCGGACACUGCCCGGACGGAUACACAUGCACGCUGCUCCCCGACCAGUUCACGCUAGACGUGGCGGGUUUCGACAACACCGCCGCCGCCAUGCUCAGCGUGUGGCAGGCGCUCACGCUGACGGGCUGGGUGUUCAUGAUGUACCGCACCAUGGACGCCUACUCCGCGGUGGCGGUCUUAUACUACGUAACACUGGUCUUCAUUGGCGCCUACUUUGUGCUCAACCUCUUCCUGGCGGUGCUCAAGAUCAAGUUCGCCAAGGCCCAAACCCUGUUUCACAACCAGCUGGCGCUGCAGCGAGGCAAGGCGCGCCGCAACACCAUCCUCAACUUCGUCAACAAGGUGCACAGCAGGUGGACGGAGUUCAGCUCCAAACGCAGCCAGGCGUCGCUGCUGAACAGCAAACUCAGCAGCGCCAUCAGCUCCAGAAUGAGCGGCGCUGGUGUUGGAGGAGGAGGUGGAGGUGGCUCGUUAAGCUCGCUGAGAAUGUCUGGACCGGGGUUGCCCGGGGCGGUGGGGGGAGGAGGCAAGGGGGAUGGUGGUUUUGCGGCGGCAGCAGCAGCAGCGGCUGCUGCUGCGGCGGCGGAAUUUGGGGGGAGGAGCGGUACAGGAAGCAGUAGUGGCGGUGCGAGAAAUGGCAAUAGCAGCAACAAGAACAGCAACCAUCAGUUGGAAUGCGGGUAUGGUGGGGGUGGGCAGGAGGGCGGUGAGAAAGUACCCGAUGCCGAUAUUGCCCACGCUCAAGACGACCGCAAGAGCAGUACCGGGCUGGCUGGAGUAGGGUCGUCAUCGGGGCGCAAUUUGCUUCAUGCCAGUACCGCUGCUGACGCGGCGAAGGGCGGCAACGGCAGCAGCCCCAUACGCAGACGAGGCGGCGGGAUGAGCAGCAGCAUCAGCAACAUCGCCAGCAGCAACCCCUCCUCUUCUCAAAUGCUCGUCCAGCCUUCUGCGACCAGCAAUACGAACAACGCGGAGGACGAUGACGACGACAACGAUGACGCCACCCCCUCGCAACCCCCGCCUUCGUCCGCGCCCACUACUGCUGUGUCCUCGACGUCAGCAGCUGCCCGCUUGACUUCUGCUGCUGCCUCCGCCACUACCACCACCAAUACCACCACCUCACAACCAACGCUCUCGCCAGCGUCUUCCUUACCCACCCGCUCCCUCUCCCAAAGCGCCACAACAGCCGCAUCACCAGCAACCCCAGCACUAGCUCCCAAACGGCCGCCCCGGUCCGCCCUCUCCCGCAGCAAGCUUCACAAAACCACCUCCGCCAAUGCCACCGCUGCCGCCUCCACCGCCGCUGCUGCUCCUGCUGCGUCCCGCAGUUCCCGGCCUCAGCGUGUCGUGUCCUUUAUCCGCCACCACAGUCAUCAUCAUCAUCAGCAGCAGCAGCAGCUGCAGCAACCAGCGCAGGAACAGCCCGAGCACUUCCGCCAGCCCACCAGCAGCGGCGGCGGCUGCAGCAGUGACCGCGGGGCGGUUGCUGUUUUAGAUAGGCCAGCCGGGCCGGUUUCGGAAGCUGUAGAGCCGUCCGCGAUCCGAGCGACGGUGACGUCACCAUAUCCGACGCCGGCGGCGACGGCGGCAGUAGCACAAGCUGGUCCUGUUGCGGAGGCGGUUCGCUUCGCACACGGGUCGCAAGAGAGCGACCCUGACCUCCCUUCCGCCGCAGGUCUCGAUGGGGCAGCAGAUACAGCAGCCGUAGCAGUAGCAGGCAGUAGCGUCACAGCCGGCCAGCGCUCCCCCUCGGCACUGAUGAUGACGACGCCAGCAGUAGCAGCAGCAGCAAUGUCGUCUCCCAGCAGGGUGUAUCCCGAUGCCGAGGAUGGUGUCCUUAACGGUCCAAGCGCCUUCGCUGCAAGCCAAGCCACAGCUGCAACAGGAACCGCUUCCCCUGGCAGUUUCACGCAGCUAGGGCACUGCAGCACCCCCCCAGCAGCAGCAGCGCCAACCGCGGGCGCUGCAGCUCCCAUCAUCGCCACCACCAUGGGUCAGGGCUCAGGUCAUGGCUUCAGCAGCAGCAGCAUCCCCCCUGCCCCCCCCAGCCAGGCUGCUGCUGCUGCUGCUGCCAGCCCUCUGGGUCGGCCCUCCGACAGGAGUCUGAUGGUGGGCGAGCGGUCGCUGAGCGCCGCUGCGGCAAGCAACAUGGGCGGCACCAAUGUGGCGAUGAUCGUAAUGACGGCGGAGGAGUUCGAUGAGUUUGUUGCCGACCACGCCUACCUGGAGCGGCAGGUGCUGCGAGCGCAGUACCGCACUCGCAUCCUGGUCAACCACAACCUGUUUAACCAGUUCUUCAUGGUCCUCAUCUUCGCCAACACGGUGCUGCUGGCGCUCGAAUACGACAGCCAGCCGCCCUCGCUGACACACUUCCAGGACAUUGGCAACAACUGUCUCACGGCGCUCUUCGCAGCGGAGAUGGUGCUCAAGCUGUUCGGACUGGGGUUCUGGGACUACGUACGGGACGGUUUCAACAUCUUCGAUGCACUGGUCGUUACCUUCAGUCUGUUGGAGAUCGUGUUGUCAUCAUUCGCCGGAUUCAACGCCAUUCGUGCGCUGCGAGUCCUCAAAGCCUUUCGCGUGCUGCGCCUAUUUAAGCUCUUCCGCUACAUGCAGUCGUUGCGGCGCAUUGGCGAGGUUCUGCUAAGCGCCUUCUCCUCCUUCGCCGCCAUCGCAAUGCUGCUGAUGCUGUUUUGGGUUGUGUUUGCGAUCAUGGGCAUGCACGUGUUUGGAAAAAAGGACCUGGACGUGUAUCCCUGGCCCAACUUCUCAACCUUCCUGUACAGUAUGGUUGCCACCUGGAACGUGCUGAACCUUGAGAACUGGCAGAACACCAUGCACGCCGUCAUCCGAGCCACCGACUACGGCUCCAGCCUGUUCUUCGUGUUAUGGAUCAUCAUAGGUCGCUACAUCUUCCUUACGUUGUUCCUGGCGGUCACCCUGGAGGCCUUCGAGGCCAAGUACGACCCCACAGCUGCUCGCCUCGGCGCCAAGACCGGCCUCUCAUCCAUGCUGGGCUCCUGGCUGGGUCGCUCGUCCAGCUUGCGAUCCAUCAGCAGCAGAGCCAGCAGCGUCUUGAGCUCGCGACACAAUAGCAUUGGCGACAAGCCCCCCAUCCUUCCGGGUAGCCCCGAGGAGGGGGCUGCCAAGGUGGGCCCAAGGGGCAGCGGCGGCGGCCGGGCUGUGCAGUCCCGAGACGUCAGCCGUGCGACGUUGGAGCGCCCGGAUACGGCAGAGCGGCGGGGGUCCCGGAGUCCUGGCGGGCUGGGACUGGGGCUGGUGGCGGAGAAGUCGGCUGCUUCGGGCGUGUCGCCGAAUCGACUGGGCAUUGGUUACCUGCCGGACGCCCAAGCAGCGGCUGUUGCAGCAACUGCGCAGUACGGCGAUGGCAACGCUGCCGCUACAGGUGUCGUACCUGCCGUACCCGCCGAGCCACGUGUCAACAUCAAAAAGAUGUACACCAUUAAGCAGUGGAUUGACACAGGCAACAUGGACGUGUUGAAGGCUGAGUCCAGCGACCUACCUGCCGUACCGCCCGGCCGUUGGCCGUUAGCGCUAACCGCCACGCCGUCGCCAACCGAACCCAUGCGUUUUCGAUUGAACACGAAUGAUGGAAUCGGCCUCAGCAGCCACCUCAGUCGUACGACGCCGACAACGCCGACUCGUACGUCACUGAGUAGCGACGUCGGAGUGCGGCAUGCUGGUGGCGGCGGCGGCAGUCAUCGGACAACUCGCGGCUCGUCGUACAUUGACGACUCGGCGGCUCAGAGCCGUGCGUCGUCUGAAGAUACCGGUCGCGGCUGCGAUGACGGCGGCGAUGGUAAGUGCGGCGGCGGCGGUGACUGCAACCGACGCUGCAAUGGAGGUGGUGGCGGCGGUAAGCGACCCAUCGGUGAAGCUCUGGAACAGUACGACAGUGAAGGUGCGACAUUCGACGACCCAGCGGCUCUGGAGCAACAGCAGCGGCAACAGCAGGCACGUGUGAGUGGCGCAGGUGGCGGCAGCAGCGGCCCUGUGCUAGCGAGACCGCCGCCACCAGCGCUGACGUCGGCAGGAUUGCAUUCCCCUGCCGUACUAUCGAACGGCUCGCCAGCACUUCAGAGCCUCAGUCGUGCCGUACGGCGAGAUCUCGGCGGGCUGGCGGCGCAGGUCGCUGACGUCGAGGAAUCCGAACUGGACGAUAUCAUUGUCGGCAGUGGUGGCGGCGCCGCCGUGGCUUCAGCUUCCGUCUGCGGCGACAUUGGCGGCACGACUGCGGCAGCGACUAGCUGGGCGAGACCGACGUCGGCAAUGAUGCGUUCCGACAGCUCCGCGAACCCCCUCAACGGCGGCGGUGGUUUGAUCCUGUCGCGCGCCAACGGCCGUGUCGUACAUUUGGGAUCCAGCUGCGUGUCCCCCAGCCGCACCUCCGUCGAAAAGGCCAGGCAGCCAUCAUCUCGGUUGUGCUUCGUCAUAACAGACCGAGGCGAGGUGUCGGGAGGCGGCCAUGGCGCGUCCGUGCCCUCGGGAACGUUAUCCACGGUGCCUUCCGUGGUGGCAGGUAUGGCAAAUGCCGCUGAGGGUGACUUGCCGUACGAUUACACGCUGCAGCCGUCGGGGCCAGCUCCGCUACGUGGCGGCGGCUUGGGUCCGGAAUUUAGGUGCAUGGCGGGCACGUUUGAUGGCGACGACCGCGAAGGAGAUAGCGGCGCGGCAGCAUUUCCGGGAACAACCUCUGUUACGCCGCCCUCGAUUGGCCUCUUUGACGUCUGCGGUAGGAAUCCUGUGUCGUUUCUCAGCAGCGGGCAGCAAUCGGACGACCUCAUCCAAGCCUUCUUGGAUCCCAUGCGUUGCGCCGCAGUCCCCCUCACAUCAGCCUCGCAGCCGCCACGUACGGGGCCGGUCGGGACGUCUGCGUGGCUUGCCUCGGACUCUGAAGUCGUCAUGGCGACGUUUCAGGACCUGCUACAGCAGCCGCAGCCCGGUUCGGCGUCGGUAUCGGCAUCGUUGCUGGCAACCGCUCCCGAACUCCUGGGUGGAGUGGUGGGCACCUUUGAGGCUGCAAGCGGCGCAGGCGGCAGCGGCUUGACGUUGCGGGGAGGUCAGCAGAUGGAGCAGGCUGAGGCGGGCGGGCUGGUGCUGAAGGCCGCUGCGCUGGCUGCCCCUCCGCAGCAGCAGCGGACACAUGCUGAUGACACGUUGGUUCUUAGGACGUGUCCGGGGGAGAUUUUGCCUAGCUGGUACCUGUCGCCCAGUGCCGUAGAUGCCGCCGUCGCGGCAGCGGCAGCAACGACGACGGCGGCGGGAACGACGCAGGGCACGCGGCGGAGUAGCAGCAUGACGACACAGCAGCAGCCGUUGCGGCAACAUCAGCAGGAGGAGGACGAAGAUGGCGGGCAGAGGGCGGCAAGGUCGCCUGACGGAUGUGAGGUGACGACGGUUCAGGUUGCCACCUCCGCAGCAGCAGCCGCUGCAGCCGGCAGUCGUGCCGGCGGCGGUGGUGGCGUGUUUGCUGUCACGUCGGAGAAGGAAAACACACAUGAGCCAGGCCUUUCACCGCAACCGCAACCUUUGCAGCAGCUGUCUGCGCCUCAGCAGCACCCGCAACAGCAGCCCACCUCCUCCCAGCGGCGAUCCCGUGAGUCGUCAUGUCACUCCAACCAGCAGCCUCAGCCUUCUUCACAAUCGCCCGGUUCGCAAUCGCAGCUGCAAUCCAACAACCAAUCAUCGCUGCAGACAUCGCUGCCAUCCGAAGACAGCGGUCUGAUGGUCCUCGCGGAGGAGCUUGCCAAGGCCCUGGCCCUAGAGCGGCACCAGCAGCAACAGCAGCACCCACAGCAGCAACAACAGCAGGAACAGGACCACCGGGUCGUCGCCUUUGCUUCUCAGCAGCAGCUGCCGCAAACACCCCACGAGGAUGCCGUCUUGACCGACUGCACGGCUGCUGCCGCUGCUGCCAGUGUUGACAGCGCAGGCUCACCGCGUCCUGAGGAUUCCCACGGAGCGUUGAUUCGUGGUGCGCCGGUUGGGGUGACCAGCGGCAGCGACGGCAACGGCGCUGCUUUGGGAGGCACCCCGCAGGGUCAGCACAGUGUGUGGGCCUCCCCACGUGCCGUGGCGGAGGUAAUGCCGGCGUCCUCGGCGGCUUCAUCAGCGUCGUCAUCACCAGCGGCGGCGGUGACAGCAGCGGAACUGGCCGCCUCCGCCGGCAUCCCGCUCUCGGCGGACGCUCCGCCGCGCAACGGCGCCACCACCACCACCUGCCGCCCUCCUGACGUUCCUGCCUUGCAGCUAGACGCCUGUUCAGGUCUGAGGCCGGGCAGAGCUGCGGGGAGCCCCGACACGAUUGCCGCCGCUGCUGCCGCCGCCGGCACUGCUUCUGCCACGGCAACGUCGCCUAAUGACGUGGCAGUUGGCGGGGGCGGCGAGCGACCUGGCUCCACCGGAGAGGGAUCCUUCCAAGGCCUGCAAGACAGCGCCCACAGCUACGGCAGGACGUCUAGCUCGGACAUGAGCCUCGCAUUGAGUGCAUGCCGCAAAGCUGGCAGCGACGGUGGCGGCGGCGGCAGCGGUGGCGCAGGCCACGGCAAGGCCAACCCUACUAGCAGCGCCAUUACGCCGUCGCUAAAUGUCGACGGCGGCAAUUGUAGUAGCAAAGAACGCGCCGGCGUUCCUUCGAGCCCAGACUGCAGCAUCCUCGGGGAUCUGCUGGGAGAGAGAAUCCGCGUCUCGAUGCUGGGCAUGGACCCACGGGUCACCGCGGCCGAGACCGUUGAUGACCGCAAGGGGCUCAACGGCAGCCUUUCCGGCUCGGAAGACUCGUUCAUGGCGAGUCGGCGCCGGCGAGUGGGCAAGGAUACGACGGCGAGUGCGAUGAUGGCGACGGUGAAUGGCGAGUGUGAGGGCUGCUGCGGCACCGGAGCCGGGCGGCUUGAUGACCGCAGGAGGGAAAGACCUGCGUCUGCGUCGGCAUCUCCGUCGGACACCGGCAAGACGGGGUCCGCAGCGACCUCGGACGUGACUGGGUCUGAGGAGGAGGCAGGGAGGGACGGGGCGGCCGGCGGGCUCGGCGACAAGGGGUAUCCCACGUUGCGGCGUAUUUCCGAGGCAGCAUCCGCCGCCGCCUCUGACGUGGAGUCGCGCGCCGACUCAUUCGACAGCCGCGUCAGUGCGGCGGACGCGGCGACCGACGGCGGCGACGGUGACGAAGCCGCCGACAGCAGCGAGCGACGCCGUCGCUACCAGCGCCGCCGCCGCGUCAGCAUCCUCAUUGAGGGCACCGGCAAGAGCUUUUGGAUCUGGGAUGAGGACCACCCCACGCGGGAGAAGGCCUAUUGGCUGGUGACCCACAAUCGCUUCGAGUAUUUCAUGUUUGCGCUGAUCUUGCUAAACUGCGUGUCAUUGGCGCUGGAGAACCCCUACGUGCGAUCUGGGUCGGCGCUAGACCGAAUGCUGUCUUGGUCCAACGUGGGUUUCACGGUGGUGUUCGGCAUUGAGGCGGCGAUCAAGAUGUUUGCGUACACCUUUGCGGCCUACAUCAAACGCAUUACCAACCAGGUGGACUUUCUAAUCGUGGUCACAUCCCUGCUGGAAAUCACGCUUAAAAUGGUCACCUCCAGUAUAGGAGCCGUAUCCGCGCUGCGCGUGCUGCGAGCCAUCAAGCCGCUGCGCCUGCUGACGCGCAGUGCGGGCAUGCGGCUCGUGUUCCGCAGCGUCACCAUGAGCCUCAUGUCCAUGGCGAAUGUUAGCGUGGUGUGCAUCCUGUUCUUCCUCAUCUUUGCGAUCCUGGGGGUGCAGCUCUUUUCGGGGAAGUUUUACAGGUGCAACGACGACUCCGUAGCUGGCAAGACGGAGUGCGUGGGGAACUACACCGACCCCACCACCCUCCUCACCACACCGCGGGAGUGGACGAACGACUGGCCCAACUUUGACAACACAGGCAACGCGCUGCUGUGCUGCUUCAUCACCGCCACCCUCAACGGCUAUACGGAAAUCAUGGUGAACGCCAUGUCGGCGCCGCAGGAGGUGGGGCUGCAGCCGCGGCAGUUCCAGAAUCCGGGGGCGUUCUUCUGGUUCUUCGGCUUCAUCGUGGUGUGCGCCUUCACGCUGCUCAAUCUGUACGUGGGGGUCAUCUUCAGCCAGUUCUCCAAGAUCCGCAUGCUGAGCGAGACGGGCAGCGCCUUCCUGACAUCCGACCAGAACGAGUGGGCAGAGCUCACGAAGAUGGUGUUCAGGCUGAAACCCCCCGACAAGGCGCAACUGCCCUCCGGCCGCAUGCGCUUGCUGGCCUACCAGACGGUGCACUCCAGGGGCUUCGAAGCCACCAUCCUCGCCAUCAUCGUCAUCAAUGUGGGGUUCUUGUCGGCCACAUGGUACGGAGAGCCGGAGUCAUACUCACGGCAGAAGGACGUGGCGAACAUUGUGUUCAUGUCAGUAUUUACGGCGGAAGCAGCUGCCAAGAUAUAUGCGCUGGGCUGGGUGCCGUACUUCAAGGUUGCCUGGAACAAGCUUGAUUUCUUGCUGCUGCUGUUGGGGCUGCUGGACCUGAUCGUGUCCAUGAUGCAGAGCAGCUUCCUGCGCAUCCUUCGGGUGUUCCGCAUCCAGAAGUUCAUAGCGCUGGUCCGCAUGGCUCGAUUCGCGCAGCUGGUCAAGUCCGUGAGGGGCAUCCAGUCGCUGUUCACGACGCUGGUGUACUCGCUGCCCGCCUUUGGAAACGUGGGCGCGUUGAUUGGGCUGUUCUUCUUCAUGUACGCCUACGUGGGGACGUUCCUGUUUGGGAGGGUGCGGUACGGCGAGUCCCUAAACCGCCGAGCCAACUUCCACGACUUCCUCCAGUCCCUGCUGGUGCUGCUGCGGGUGGCCACCGGCGACAACUGGACGGGCAUCAUGUUCGACUGCCUGGUGCAGCCGCCGCACUGCGACAGCGGCGCGGGCGAGUGCGGCAGCUACCUGGCCAUCCCCUACUUCCUCUCCUUCGUGCUGCUCAUCUCGGUCAUCUUGCUCAACCUCUUCACGGCGGUCAUCAUCGAGACGUUUGAGAAGACGCACGAGCAGGAGGAGUGGAAGCUCAGUCCACAGGCUCUGGAGGACUUCGUGACGCUGUGGAGCGAGUACGACGACGGCAGCGGCUCCAUCCUGCCUCGCCACCUGGAGGAGCUGCUGCUGCGGCUGGACCCGCCGCUGGGACUGGGGCCCUACGCGGACAACAAGGACGUGCUGAGGUUUGUGUACGACCUGGAUAUCCCGCUGGUGAACGCGCGAGUGCCCUUCCACAAGACCGCAUUCGAGCUGGUCAAGCGCUGCAGCCAGGCGACCAUGCCGGAAGGUGCCAUCAAGGAGCAGAUCGACCGGCUGGUGGACAAGUUCUUCCACGAGCUGGCGGCGCAGGACGAGAUGCUCAACUUCUCGGUGGCCAUCACCGUCAUGAAGGUUCAGCGCAAGUGGCGCACUCGCAUGCGGGCUGCCAAGCUCCUCCGCAAGAAGCGCUGGCGGCAGGACCGUCGCGAUGCGCCCGCCUACCCGGACAUCGGCGCCAACAAGGCGCUCAUUGUGGAAAAGUUCGAGGCCUUCCGUGACUCCCAGCGUGAGGCCGCCAAGUCCUGGGAGGCCCGCAUGCAGGCCCUCAACCGCAAAGCCGACAAAGCCGAGCUCUCUCGCCUCACCGAGCCGCGCUGGCGCUUCAACCCCAAGUACGCGCCGCCCUCGCUGGUGCAGGCAACAACCGAGAAGGGGCUGGGGUUGCUGGGUCUGAGUCGCAAAGCCAUGAACGUGAAUCGGCUUGUGGGACUGUUCCGAGGCGGUAGCAAUGCGGUGGCGAGGGGGUUGCUGGGGGGUGCGGGAUUGGUAGGCGGCGGAGGAGGAGGAACAGGAGGAGGAGCAGCUGCAGGUGGGGGUGUGAAUGAUGCACGCGCGGCGAGCUCGGGGCUGCUGCUGCUUAGGUCACCCAAGGGCACCGCUAACGCGGAAGGCCUCAGCUUGAGCGGCGGAGGUGGCGGAGGGGGUUCCCCGGAAGAGGCCGCCGCCGCUGCCGCUUCGCCGUCAGGUACCUCCCUGCCGCGUCUGUUGCGAGCCAUCACGCACACCACCGGACAGCUCGUGUUCCACACAGCCUACCACGGGGGCGGCGUGUUCGGCCCAUCCACGCUGGAAGCAGCGGCCAGCGGCCGCCGUCCGCUGAGCUCUAGCGGCCCAAACGGAGGCGGCGGAGGUACGGUUGCCGCUGACGCCAGCAGCAACGACAGCAGCCGCCUUCGCAUGCCGCAGCGCUCCAUGACGCUCGCGGCGACACACAGCAGCGCACAGCGGCAGACAUCCUCCUCAGAUUGGCUGGCGGCGCCGGCACCGGCGAGGGCGCGAGCGACAUCAACGUCGUCUUCACCGCUGGUGGCGCCGCCAGCGGCGGCGUCGGCGCAAGUCGCGUCGCCGACGUCCACGGCUGCUGGCGGCGGCGGCACCGCCGCAGGUAAUGCUACCGUACGUUAUGGCGGUUGGUCGGGACUGCUCCGUGCUGUCGCUGCCGGCGGCGGUAGCGGUAGCGGCGGCACUGGAGAGGUGCUGGGCAGUAGCAGCGGCGGCAGUCAGAAGGGGAGUCUGGCCCAACAGCUUAAUACCGGUAAUAGUAUGGUAGCGACGUCUCCUGGGGGCACAGUUCGAAGCGGGCUGGGAUCACCUAGGGUGGUGCCGUCGUCGCUGUCACAGCCUGGUUCGCCGUACUCACCUUAUACAAAUACUGGGGCCGGCGGCGGAGGCGGAGGCAUAGAGUCGGAUUUGGCGCGUUUAGCGUGCACUGCUGCUGCGACAGCGGCUGCAGCAGCGCAGAAGCAGCAGCAGCAGCAAAUGGUGCAGCAACAGCAGCAGUUUGCCAGCAGCGGACGGGUUGACAGUGAUAGAGGCGUGGAUUUCAUAAUCUAAUAGGGAACGUGAGACAGGGCUUCACUGCAGGGACCAAGGUAUAUAUAGAGCAUGGUAAAUAUGACCAUGUUUACAAGGUAGACGCUGUAGCAGGAGGUGCGUGUAUGGCUGGCUUAAUGGUGCGAGCCUUUACGAACAGGAUCCUCUAUGUGAGAGGGGAUCCUGUGAGCAAGUCUGCAUACCAUUUUACUUUGCGCGAGCAGGGCUUUUCAUGGCGCAUCAUGCAUCUGGAUCGUGUUUGUGCUCAUACCGGAUGUGGACCGGCUCCAGGGCACGCCCUAGCACCUUUUUGUCGUAGUUGUUGUCGUUGAAAGAUAAGUGGAGUGCAGUGGAGAUGGAUUGAAAAGGGACGAGAGGUUGUGCAUACUUUAGCGGUCUUCCUAAAGAGUCGUUGCGUCGUUGUUGUGAGGAAGGAUGACGGCUGCGAGAGCAGGUUAGGCGAUCUGUCACAUCGCCUCUCGCCUCGUUCAGCCGCAUCCAUCUGUUCAUUCAUAUGGUGUGGUAUGCUGAUAUACUUUUACAGGCCUAUGCUCUCGAGUCUCGACAAAGUCCAGGAACAGCCGUGCAAUGUCAAAGCCGGUACUUCCAUGAUGACUAAUGUUGUACCACAGGAUGCUUCAUUCGUACACCAAGCUGCUGCGGUUGGGAUUUCCUUCCGUUUAAUCUCAUAACCGGGAGGGCACUGCAUGCGUUUUGGGGGCUUCUGAUUGGUGGAGUGAGCGCCAGAAGAGAAAGUCGUUUGCGUAACGUGUUGCCCACUAAUUUGCGCUUCCGAGGCGGCGUGUGAUUAUGGAUGACCCCACAUGGGGAGGGGUGAACAGGGCGGCAAUGCGAAGCGCCCCGGACUUGCAUGCGUGUUGGUCUCUCAGGUGCGCUUGUGAGGUUGGCGCUGUUGAGCGUACCGAGCUUAAACCAUGCCGGAGGGUAGGACGGGGUGCAUAUUUUGUGUUGGGAGGUGGGCGGCUGACAACGAGCCGGUUACAUAUGGGGACCUUUCUUUUGGGGGGAUUUGGGUACCACUGCAGAUAGGCUUUGCUGCAUUUGCUGAAGGUGUGUUUUGCUGUAACGUGUCCCAACAUAAUCGGAGUGGCAGGAGGCGCACUAUGCGCGGGUUGGAGCUAAUGUGUGCCGCGACCUCCCCCUACUGGUUUUGGAAUUCCUACGGUUUCAUCAUGAGUGCCGAGUUGCAGUACAACGUAGUUAGUUCGAUGUCGUAUUGACUUUCGGAAUCAAUCCACAUGUCGCCCAGCCUAUGUCAAUGCGGGUGCAUGUCGACCUUUUGUGGUUUGGGGUUUCAUUGCACGGAUGAGAUGUUCUGCUGGCCAGUGAUGAUGGUCGGGAGGUAUGGAGUGGACGGGAGGUUGAACGGGUAUUUGUGGCUUGUGCAUGUGAACGGUCCCAAACGGUUGCUGAGGGUGAGGGCAUGUCGUGUAUUAAUCCAUUAAAUGCUUCGAUGGGCGUGGAUUAAUUGUAAUUGUACGGCACUUUCUUGCGAAUAAGGCUAGUGGCGAUGCAUGGGUUUCUUUGGGAAGGGGCAGGGAAGGGUAGUGAACGAAGGUAAUGCCGUCCAUUAUAAGACGGCAUUUCUGAUAUGAAAUUCUCUUUUUGCGGAGCCCAAGAGGUUGCCUGGACAACCGCACGGCGGUUGGCUGACUACACAGUUAUACAUCAUAAUCAUGGC